GAACAGACAGGUGCAAAGAAACCACGGGUGUAAAAAGAGGGAAAUUAAAAAAAGUUACAAAAGAUAAAAAUAACCGACAUACCUCUACUGCAUGAUGACUAGACUUUUACUGGUUUUAAGCAUCAUGUGCAUUGUCCUGCCGAUGGUGCUGGGGAAAUAUGGCCAGCAAUUACCGCAGGGAAUCCGGGACUUUUUCUUUGAUCUCGUGCAGCACGUUUCCGUAGAAGUGGAGAAGGCCGACAGGAACUUCAUGAUAUCGCCCUUCUCCGUGUGGUCACUCCUGGUGCUGCUCUACGAGGGAUCAGCGGGAAGAACUUAUGACCAGUUGGGCCAGACCCUUGGCAUCAACUUUUCCGAUGAAAAGCUACGUAGGUUUUUGAAAGGGGUGAAUCUGUAUUUAGCUUCCAACGAUUCCGACGUCGAGAUAACCAUGCUCCAAGGCCUUUACAUCGGAACAGGCUAUCCCAUCAAGGAUAGCUAUCGAAACGUCAUGCAGAACUACAAAGUGGACCUUGUGGAGAUCGAUUUUAAUAGCCCAGAUGCUGCGGUGCAGAUCAACGAGGCCACAAAUCGCUCCACCCGAGGUCUCAUUCCGUAUACGAUUCUGCCACAGGAUAUAAACGGAGCCAGGAUGUUCCUGCUCUCCUCGUUGUACUUCAAGGGCCAGUGGAAGCUUCCAUUUAAUAAAAGUCUGACCAGGGAGGAGCCCUUUUACAGCGAGAGCGGCGAGGUUAUCGGCAAGAUACCCAUGAUGGUGCAGUCAGCGAACUUCGCCUACGUCUCCAACAUAGAGGGUCUGGACGGCUAUGUCCUGGAGCUUCCCUAUGGAACCCAGGAAAGGCUUGCAAUGUUCGUGGUUCUUCCCAAGCGCGGAUUCAAAUUAAGCGACGUGGCCAACAAUCUGAAGACCCUGGGAUUGAGGCCUGUCCUUCAGGGACUGGAGGAUUUCAGGAAGAGAGCCUCCGAGGACAACAGAGUAGAGGUAAUCAUGCCCAGGUUCAUGACUUCCACGGACCUCGCACUCACGGGAAUCCUAAAACAGAUGGGCAUUCGAGAUCUAUUCGACGAGAGCGCCGCUAACCUCGACCGAAUUUCGUCCGGAUUGUUCGCCAAGCUAGUCUUUCAUUCCACCAAGAUCAUCGUGGACGAGCAGGGAACCACGGCAGCAGCUGUCACGGAGGCUGCGCUGGAGAACAAGAUGGAGCCGCCCCAGUUCCAGCUCAACAGACCCUUCCAGUACUUCAUCGUAGAGAGGGAAACCGGUUUCAUGUUCUUUGCCGGCCAAUUUCGAAACCCCAAGGCGGCUUAGAGAUCUGGACACGACUUUAUGUUCACAUAUCUCAUUAAAAAAUGAAUUGAUUUAA